CGGAGGCACAAACCCGCGACACUCCAACACACAAGGGCUUUGUGGACUCCUCAAAUCCGUAGGGUUCUUCAACCGCCAUGGAGCCCUUCUCUUCUCCGCCGUCCGAUUCCAAUCCUACGGCUUCCGGCGCUUCUAUUUCCCUCCAAAACCUCCCCUCCCGCGGCCUCUUCUCCGCCCCCGUUCUCUCUCUUAAUCCGGGUAGGAUGCGUGUUUGUGUUUGUGAGUAUGAGACAUCACUUCCAGAGGAUGAACAUAUAAAGACAAAUCAACAGAACAUAUUGAUCAGAUCGCUUAAGCUUAAGAAACAGAAGGAGAAGGUUGAUUCCAGUUCAAAGGAUAUGAAGGUUGCAGGGGCAGCUGAGGGCUUAAGAAAGAGGGUUGCUGAAAGAGGUUUGGAUCACCGGGCGCCAGCUAAGAAAGCCACUAUGCAACCUCGAUUAGAGGAAUCCAGCAGUCAAGCAGCUAAUAGGGACUUUCAGGGAUUAACUGUAGAGAGGCUCCGUGCCCUUCUGAAGGCCAAAGGUCUUUCUGUAAAGGGAAAGAAGGACGAAUUGAUUGCAAGGCUGAGAAGUUCAAGUGGUUGAGCAUAGUCAAUAGUUCAGAUGGGGCAACAGUUCUGCUAUGUAUCAGUGAUGGGGAAGAAAAGUAACUACAGUUCUUUGUUAUGUAAACUAGGAAUGAUGUAAGCUGGAAUUAUAACUAGAAAUGGCUAUGUGAUGGAAAAUCGAGGCCUUGGGA